AGAACCACUUACCUCACAACGCAUCUCAUCGGUAAAGUAGCAUUUUAGCGAAAUAUUGUUUAUACAUUCUACGUGUUUAUUUUAAACAAGCAAAAUAUAUCAAUUCAUAAAGAUUUCAUAUGAAAGGAAAAGCAAACAUUUGUCAAGCAUCAUUUCAGUUGACUACGCAUCAUUUGAUAAGGUUCGAUAAUUGAAUAGAUCGCAUGGACAAAAUUGGAUUAAAUAUUCGGAACUGACACUUGCUAUUUUGUACGUUAUUUAUUACUCUGAAAAGGUGCUUCACCAUCAAAGAAGAUUUUUUACGCGACAUGAUACAUUAACGUUCUUAACGACAUUCGGAUGUUGGAGUUUGCAAACCUUGUUUGUACGUGGAAUAAUCGUAGUGUUUAAUGCUGUAAAGUGAAACGUUACAACUGCAGUUUAAAAAGUGUGUACAUGAGAGACCCCAGACUAAGGAUUUAUUAAUUAUAUUAAACCAAGUGGGAUAUUCAACCGAAAGAAAACCCACUAUUCUUACAUUCUUGUACGCCAUCGCUGCAUAUUGAACGUUAUCGAGCAAAGGUAAGUACCGAUGAUGACUGAGGGAAUUUCCGAGGCCCAGAUGCAAGAACUGAAGGAUGCUUUCAACCUGUUCGACAAGAACGGCGAUGGUCACAUCUCAGCCAGCGAGCUGGGCUACGUGCUCAGGGCCUUGGGCCAAAACCCCACCGAAAGGAUGAUCAAGGAAGUCAUGGCAAAGGCCGACAAAGACGGAAAUGACGGCAUAGAGUACAACGAGUACGUGGAGCUCCUGAAGGACUUCCUGAAGGAUCCACAGAUCGUGGAAAUAGAGCUGCGCGAGGCGUUCCGAAUGUUCGACAAGGACCGGAACAACACGCUCAACCUGGCGGAACUCCGGCGCGCACUUACCCACCUCGGCGAGCCGCUGUCAGAGAAAGAGGCUAUGGAGCUGUGCAAUAUGAUGGACGUGAACGGGGAUCAGAAGGUCGACGUAGACGAGUUUGUACAAUAUCUUUGCAAACGGAUCUGAAUAAAUCGCGACAAAUGACGGUUGAACCACAGUAUUGCUUCUGAGACCAACGAAGGCUGAGCGUAAACAAAGGCUUGAUGUAAACUUUAAAAACUUAAAUUAUUCUGAAAUAGGAUUGUUGAUUGAUUAAUUUAUUUAUUAAUUCAUUUGUUAAUUCAUAAAUGCAUUCGUUGUGUUAAACUUGUAUGUAUGUAUGUUCGUAUGCAUGUUUAAUAUUGUAUUCUGAUAUAAUUAUUUGAUACAUUUAUUUCAUUCAAAAUUAAUUAAUUAUUGCAUUUUUAAUGAUAUAACCACAUAAGCAACACGAAAAGCUUGCGAA